GGCCAAUCCGCCAUGCGGCCGAAUCAAGCAGCCAAGCCAAGCUUAGCGGCAGAAAAGCGCAAAGAAUCGUGCGAAAGCGCGCAAACAAACACACAAGCAGAGUACAAGACACGUGAUUGGCGUGUCGCGUGCGGCAAGAUCGGCGAGCGCAAUGUCGCAAGAUCUGGAUUUGUGGGACCCGUUGAGCGAAGAGUUUAACUCCCCUUCAUUCAACUGCUACAAUGAAGGCCCUGGUGUCAAUCUGCCCCUUGGCGGCUUGCCUUCAUUUGCUACAGAUGGGAAGGUCAAACAGAAGACUAGGACUCUCUGCAUCAAGAACGUUCCCGUCGACUUGACGGAGGUCGGAGUGCGGAACCUUUUCUCGAACUGCGGCAAAGUCCUGUCUGUUUCCAAGCUUCAUCCAAAGCCCGAGUAUCCGGAUAAGACAAUUGCGUUUGUUGAUUAUGGCACGACCGAAGAGGCCCUGCACGCGAUCCAGCGACUGCACGACCGGCCGCCUUUCUUCUUGAAGGUCAGCCUGGCAACCAUGGCUGCCUCCGACCGUUCCAAGAUGGAGGCUAGGCUGAAGGAAGAGUUGGACGAGAUCCGUCGUAAGGUGGAAGCGGAACGUGCCAAGUCUGAAGUGGUGACAGCCCCCUGCCAGCCGUCGACCGACGGAGGAGUGGUCCCAGCCCCUGCUGCUGGGAAAAGUCUUCCAGCAUCCGGCGAAUUCACCCUCGAAGACCUCAAGGAUGCGAAAACGGAGCUGGGGUUGGGAUCGCGACGGCGUCGGAGCGGCUCCGCCAGCUCCUCGUCCUCGUCGUCGGGUGACUCCUUCAAGACGACGUGCGAGUUCCCUGGUGGCAGCAGCAGCGACGCGACGCUGGAGGACGAAGUGCUGGUGAUUCGAGGCAACGGCGAUGGCAAGGUAACUCGCUUCUUCCAGAAGCGGGAAGGAAAGGGCAGGUGCCUCUUCUGCAAGGCUCCAGCCGACCUCCACUGCGCUAGAUGCAAGAUGCCGUACUGCUCCCGAAAGUGCCAGACGAAGGACUGGCCAUCGCACGAAGACGUCUGCCACCAGCAGAGUUCUUCACAGCAGCUGACGGUGGCCGAAGCGAGUGACGGGAUCCUGGUGUCGCGUUCACAUCCAAGUGACCAGACGCAAGCGAGGGUCGGAGCAGAUGCGUCACCAGGGUUUGAGACAAGCACCGGAAUCAAAGUGAGCUCGUGUUACGGUUUCUAG